GUAAGGUGCAGCAUAAAAUGCUUGCACUUUUUAAUUUUAAACAACCCUCAAUAAAAUAAAAUUCCAUUUCGACCGAUCCUAGAAUUUUCCCUUAAUCACCCUCUCUUUAUCCGUGCCAAUUUCGCUCUCUCUCCAAUCGCGCCAAAAAAAGUCAUCCAUUUCAUCGCCAAAUCCUCCUCUCUGUUCUACCAACAUUGAUAGAAGGAGGAAUUGAAGCCUUUCCAAGCAAUUGUGAUGUUCUGAGAUUCGCGAAGAGGAGUUACCGGAUAGUGUCAAUCAGGGAAGAAGAUUCAAUAACCUUUAGAAAAGUUUUCUGCCUUGUUGUAUAGAAAAGAAAAGUCGAUCGAUUUGGGCUUGUAAGUCGUUUCGCAUGCAUUUAAUUACCAAUUUACAAGUCUUUUUGUUGGUGGGUCCUUUUCAAAACAAACAAUUCGAAGAUUCGUCAAAGGAACAUUUCAAUCAUAGGCAGGCAGUUGGUUGGUCUUCGAAGAUUCCAUAUUACACAAUUCUUUUUAGGAAUUUACCUAAUAAGGAAACCAUGAAAUUGGCUUCCCUGAAAGGCUCUCCUAAAAUGGCUGUGUUCCCGCGGAGCCUUUCCUCCGUUGUAGCCUCAGUGUUAGUACUAGCAAUGUUCUUGAUUUUUGCUUCUUGGCUUCUAGUUUCUUAUCCGAUUGGUACAACUGUUAGAGGGUAUUUUUAUGGUGUUGAUAGGAAAAUAGUUUUGCUUGCAUCUACCUCUGAUCAAAGUCCUGAUAAAGAUGUAGAUUACAAUCAUAAGAAUUCAUCAUCUGGGUCAAAUUUGGAAGUGCCCACGUUGAGUUCAAAUAGUUCUUCUGUUGUUGAUAAUAAUGAAAAGGCACAAUUAUCCAGUAGAUCUUCUGUUGAUAAAGAUUCGUUGCCAUCAGAGUCUAAUGUAGAACUGCCUACUACUCCGAAAGAUUCAGUUGAUUCAAAAAAUAAUGAGAUGCCAGCGAAACCUGUAGAGCUUUCAGAACCGUCAUCUAGAGCAACAGAAAAUAAGGUGGACACUAACAGUUCUGCAUCUAGCAAUGCAUCUGAGAUCAAUUCAGUUGAUGCUGGCUGUGACCUGUACCAUGGAAAGUGGUUCUAUGAUCCGCAAGGGCCAUUAUACACCAACAACUCUUGCCCUGUCUUAACACAGAUGCAGAAUUGCCAGGGUAAUGGGAGGCCUGACAAGGAAUAUGAGAAUUGGCGUUGGAAACCCUCUCAAUGUGACCUCCCCAGAUUUAAUGCCAAGAAGUUUCUACAGUUGAUGAGAGGAAAGACACUUGCUUUCAUUGGUGAUUCUGUCGCUCGAAAUCAGAUGGAAUCAAUGCUGUGUCUUCUAUGGCAGGUUGAAGUUCCCAAAAAUCGAGGAAACCGAAGAAUGCAAAGAUGGUAUUUCAGAUCGACAUCUGUAAUGAUUGUUCGGAUAUGGUCCUCUUGGCUUGUCAAUCGAACAUCUGAAAAGUUUGACUUUGCUCCAGAGGGUGUUACCAAGCUGCAUCUUGAUGCUCCUGAUAAUAACUUCAUGGAAUUCAUCCCCAACUUUGAUGUGAUUGUCAUUUCUUCUGGCCACUGGUUUACCAAACAGUCUGUCUAUAUCUUGAACAAUGAGAUUGUGGGAGGACAAUUAUGGUGGCCGGAUCGAUCUCGUCCUAUGAAGGUCAAUAAUAUUGAAGCAUUUGGAAUAUCUGUUGAAACAAUUCUGUCUGCAAUUCUUACACAUCCUAAUUACACAGGCCUGACAAUUCUACGUUCCUUUUCUCCUGAUCAUUAUGAGGGUGGGGCUUGGAAUACAGGUGGAUCAUGCACCGGAAAGGUAAAGCCUCUUGCAGCUGGUGAAUUAGUGGAGAAUGGCUUUACAAAUAGCAUGCACAAGAAACAGGUGAUGGGUUUUGAAUGUGCUGUUAAGAAGGCGACAAAUAAGUCCAAGUUGAGGUUGAUGGAUAUCACCGAAGUCUUUGGGUAUCGCCAUGAUGGGCAUCCAGGCCCAUAUCGGAACCCCGAUCCAAAUAAGAUCACGAAACGUGGCCCGGAUGGAAAGCCUCCACCUCAAGAUUGCUUACACUGGUGCAUGCCAGGUCCCGUUGAUACCUGGAAUGAACUUGUGCUGGAAAUUGUAAGGAGAGAAUUUGAGGGUAACCAAAUCUUCUCAUUUUAAGAUGUAUGGCUAGAGUGAGGGGUAGCUAGUCCUUUUGUAUAUUCCCUUACAUAUAUUCUUUUUUUCCUUAGAGAAGAAAUUACCUGUUGUAGCAGAUUGGAAUAUAUUGACAGCUAGUUGCUUCUUUUGAUACCUGAU